AGAUGAUAAAACACCUCAAAGGUGCGAAGGACAAAAUUGGAAAUAGGAAGAUAUGACAACAAAGAAGAGCAUAAAGAUCAAAAAGAAAAACAGAGUCAAUUCAAUUGUAUAUAUUUUGAACCCAAUCCCCCGAAAUUCUCCCAAUUCUCUCUUACCUAAUGCUCCAUGUUCAAAUACCCACGCCCUAAAUCUUUGUUUAAUCAAUACCCACAUCCCAAUUUCUCAUAAAUUUAAGCAUCUUCCUCUUAAUCAGAUCAACCCUUUUUCGUCUUCUCAACUGCUGUCCUGUUUCAUGGUUGGUCAGCUUCAAAAAUGAUCGAACCCUUUGACUUAUUUCUUACGAAAUCGGCUUUUUAUUGAUGUUAUUACACUUCCCCUAAUUCUAGAUUUUGAAUUCGUGUUGAAUUUUGUUUCAAAUUUAGAGGAAUUCAUAAUUCAUUCAUGGCGGUUCAAAAAGACAGGGUGAGGUUUAACGUUGGUGGUAAGAUCUUCGAAACCACCGCCACAACCCUAGCAAUCGCCGGCCGGGAAUCUUACUUCGGAGCCAUGUUUGAUGAAAACUGGGACCUUCAAAUCAAUCCCGCCGGAGAACACUUCAUUGAUCGGAACCCAGAUUGUUUUUCAAUCCUCUUAGACUUAUUACGAACAGGCGAGCUUUACAUUCCACCAAGCCUACCGGAAAAACUCCUGUAUCGAGAAGCCUUGUUCUACGGCCUCAUGGACCACGUCCGGUCAGCGAAAUGGGGGCAGUUCGACGGCAACCGUCUUCAGCCGUCAAAAUCCGUCACCGGCCGAGCACCAGGCGAUGGAACAGCGAUCCGAGCAUCCUCCGACGGCGGCUGCUGUGUUGCUCAUGGAAGCAUGGUCCACAUUUACGAUUGGAUGUUAGAAGAACAUCCUCCAAUCAACCUCGAUUACCAACGGGUCAAUGACGCGGGUUGGGUCGGCCCGGUUGACCCAACCGGGCUCGUGAUCAGCACGUGCGAGCGGCUCGGCCGUGGUCAAGGCGGAAUGGGGCUAUUCAAUUCAACAACCGGCGAAUUACGAUACAAAUUCAACGUCACACACGACGGCGUCGCCAAAAGUUACACCGCAGGUGCGUUGAGUUUUUCCGAUGAUUGUAAGUUAUUCUCGAGUUGUAAAGGCAGAAGUAACGAAUACGGAAUCGGCGUUUGGGAUCAAACCACCGGUCAACAAGUCGAUUUCUUCUACGAACCACAAGGGUGGUCGCUCGGAGACGCCGAUAAGCUCCAAUGGCUAAACGGGUCCAACUGUUUAUUAGUCGCCACUUUGUUCCCCAGAAAAGACAAUUGUUACAUUAGUCUGCUAGACUUCCGGUCAAAAUCCAUGGUCUGGUCAUGGUCCGACAUGUGGUCUCCGGUGAACAGCGACGACCGGCGCGUCCGUGACGCCAUAGCCAUGGAAGAAAACAGCUCGAUUUGUGUUGUGAAUGAGUUUGAAGAUUUAGGGUUUAUGGAUUUGAGACGUGACGCUGGUUCAGUUCGAUGGAGUUCAAGGUCUCGAUUAAUGAAGGGGAAAAUGCCCGACGAGCCAUGUUACCCUAAAUUAGCUUUGCACGAUGGACAACUGUUUUCCUCCAUGAAUGAUUGCAUCUCGGUGUUUUGUGGGUCUGAUUGGGUUCUUACUUCAAGGCUUCGAAGGAGUUUUGGUGGGUCGAUUUGUGAUUUUUCAAUUGGGGGUGAUCGUCUUUUUGCUCUUCAUAGUGAAGAAAAUGUGUUCGAUAUUUGGGAAACUCCACCACCACCCAUUGUGUGAUUCUUUCUUUUUCCAUUUGUUAUUGUUUCAGUGUGUUUUAGUUUACCAGACGCUAAUCAUAGUGAUUUACUGUUUUAGUGUGUUUAGUUAUCACUUGCUAAUCAUAGAGAUUUAUAAAAGGAGGUUAAAUUGUUUAA